AUGCCAGGCAUUGCGAUGGCUGAACCCGGGCGUAUCAAGCGACUCUGCCCCGGGGAUCAGAAACGAGUCAACGUGGGAGUCAACGGGACUGCCAACGGCACAGCCACCAUCCAGAUCACUUACGAGGGUGAUAUCCUGACCACCCAGACCGUCGAUCUCUCCCUCGGAUUAACCAACUACACCUCGGACCUGUCCAGCCUCGCUCGCCACGAGAGUCCCGAGUGGUUCGACGACGCCAAGUUCGGGAUCUUCAUCCAUUGGGGCCCGUACGCUGUGCCUGGUUGGGGCAACUCGACUCCGUGGGAGAGUUACGCCGAAUGGUUCUGGUGGUACACCACACACCCAGCCGCCGACAAAUCCUCCACCGAAGCCUACCGGCUGCGUACCUUCGGCCCAGAUUGGAACUACGACGACUCCUUCGCCAACUUCACCGCCACCAAUUUCUCCCCAGAGGCCUGGGUCGACCUGAUCGCCGCCUCCGGAGCGAAAUACUUCGUCCUGACGACCAAGCACCACGACGGCUUCGCCCUAUUCGACACAGGCGACACCACCCACCGCAACAGCCUACACUACGGCCCGCACCGCGAUCUGGUAAGGGAGCUCUUCACGGCCGCCGCCAUCCACCAGCCGCACCUCAAACGCGGCACCUAUUUCUCCUUGCCCGAGUGGUUCAACCCGGACUUUGCGCCGUACGGCUUCGCCCAGCUGCCCGGGAACACCUCGACGAGUUGGCCCGGCCUCCCGGCCGUGAACCCCUUCACGGGGGAGGUAGAACCCUACACGGGACGGAUCCCGUUGCCCAACGAAGGAAACUUCAUCGACUCCCUCCUUCUCCCGCAAAUGCAGACCCUGGCCCACACCUACGGCACGGACAUCAUGUGGUGCGACUGCGGCGCCGCCAACGCGACGGCCGUCUUCGCCGCCAGCUUCUUCAACCAGGACAAACAAGUGGCCAUCAACUCCCGGUGCGGCAUCCCGCAGGCCGCCGACUUCGACACCCCGGAGUACGCGACCUUCAGCUCCGCGCAGCGCCGCAAGUGGGAGUCCAACAUGGGGAUGGACCCCUACAGCUACGGGUAUAACCGCGCCACCCCGGCGGACGGGUACAUGAAUGCGUCGACCAUCGUGCGGGAUCUCGUAGAUAUCGUGAGUAAGAAUGGGAAUUUCUUGUUGGAUGUGGGGCCGCGGGCGGAUGGGACGAUUGUCGAGGCGGAGGAGCGGAAUCUCAGGGAGGCGGGGCGGUGGAUUGCCGGGCAUGCGGAGGCGGUGUUUGGGACGAGGUAUUGGUUCGUCAUGGCGGAGGGGAAUGCCGGGGCGGUUAGGUUUACGCAGGCUGAGGACGCGUUUUAUGUGCUUUGGGUGGAGGAGCCGGUUCUGAGGGAUGGGAAGGUGGUGGUCGAGGCGCCGUUGCCUUUGUUGGGCGCGGAUCGUGUGGUGGUUUUGACGGGGGAUGAUGACACGGCGGGGGAUUGGGAGGUGCAGUGGGAGAAGGUUGAGGGCGCGUUCAGGUUUGACGUGCCGCUGGAGGCGUGGGAGGGGGAGCAGUAUUGCUGGGUGUUGAAGAUUGAGUAUCGGGCGUGA